AUGAAUCCGCUUGUAACCUCAUUGCCAUUGCUCGUCUUAUUCUCUGAAAUAGCUGAUGCAUGUAUAGGUGGCGGAUGUUUCGCAGCUCGCGCACGAGCCGCAAGAACAUAUAAAGACGAUGCAGGCGUAGUGCACACCGUAACCACACAGGAACCUGAUGAACAUUUUUCAAUGUGUUGCUCACUUCUGGAUGUUCCGGAAAGCUGCCGUCACAUGUGCACAUUCGAGGGUUACAACACGUCAGCGAUUCAAUCUUCCUUGACAUUCAGCUUCCCAUGUCCCGCCACAGCACUCUCUCAAAUUCAGUUUUGUGCUGCUCGAGGUGAAGACCACUCGCAGUGCUGCCAAGCCGCAGGCAUUUCAUCACAGUGUCUCGUGUUUUGUGACCAGGUGAGUGGAAAUCUGUUAUGCCGUGGCGUUCUACGAUGCUACAGGUUUUUGUCUUAA